GACGAAAAGCUCAGGCUUUCUUAGCUCACUUUCCCAAGGCUACGUAAGGGAUGGCUGACGCAUGCGCCUUACUCGUCUCCCGGCUCAUUAGUCUAAAGCCAUAGAUUUGGCAGUCCUCCUCUGGCCAGAGAGGACCUUAGUUUAAGCGAUCGGCUUAAAGGAAGAGCUUUAGAAUGUUUCCGGGCAAAGAGGUCACGCCGCUUCUCCUCACCGUUAUCCCGUCGCCUCAGGAGGAGCGAAUUGGAGGCUGUCAUGAGGAGCUAAUUCCAGCCAGGCCCGCGCAACAGGAAUCGACAAUGGCGGUGCCCGUAGCUGUCCUGCGCCUACCCCGUGGACCCGACGGGCCAAGUCGCGGUUUUGAUCCCAACUCCCCUCGCUUCCAGGCUCUGGGGCCCAGCAGCCUGCCUACCAGAGCAUUCAAGGACCCAGCUAACCUGGAGCAGGAGCAAGAAGCACGGGUCGCUCUGCGGGAACGCUACUUGCGCAGCCUCCUGGCCAUGGCUGGGCAGCCGGUGAACUUCGCCAUGUACGAGAAGGUGGACGUCACGGCCUUAUUCAGAGCCUCGGACAUCGACAUCCUGAACUUCCAGGUUUCUCAGCUUCAGACUCCACUGGGGAUUCAGAGGGAAGCCCUCCUGCGUUGCUCGGACAUGAUCGCGUAUUCCUUUGAAGUCUGAAGGACGGCCUCUUUGGAUAGGAGAGCCUCGGGUUAUGGCAGAGACUCAGACUUGCGUCCGGUCACUUUUUGUUUUUGAAUCGCAGCUCUUAAAAUAAAUUCCGACAUCCACAGCAAACAAAGCCAUCGGGAUUUCUCUGUAAGAUCAGAGCAGCCGGAUCUCCGAUUCAUCUACAGCAGGGGUGUCGAACUCGAUUUCAUUGAGGGCCGCAUCAGCUUUAUUUUUGACCUUGGGGAGCCAGG